AUGUCUGCAGUCUUCUCAAUUGUGCGGUGGAGAACAUACAACAACAAACCAUUGGAGACUCUGCCCAAUGUGUGGAUAAGGAUGCAAUCGGAUGGAACUGCAUUGGGAGCAAUACCCAAGAAUAUCAGCGGGGAGAAGGUACAGGCCAUGAAAUUGGCAAAGCAGGAUCCAGGACAGGAUUGGUACUGGAAGCCAGUAACAAUCAAGAGCAGAAAUAUAACCAAAUAUGAGGAUGCUGAGAAGAUGCUCGAAAAAUAUGAACAAGGAGAGCACUUGUCUGGCCUGGACACAGAGUCCGACAUUGAUGUUGCCUCAACACUCAAUUUGGACGGGAUUGUGCCUCCUAAUCCUCAGCCAAAGCUAGUAGACGACCGUUCGGAAUCUGAUGCCUCUGUCGAGGACUUGACAGAGGGGGAAGAUGAGUUCCACUUUGUGAACGAGGAAGACGAUGACUUGGACCUCGAUAACCUGGAAGAUGUACUCAAUGGGGACUCAGAGGAAGAGCCAGCAGCACCUACGCCAUCACCUAAUGCUUACAGUCCUUCCGCAUCACCUGAACCUGGGCAUCAUCAUGUCCGUCACCAGGACCAUCUCCUUCGCCAUCAUCUGCUCUUCCGUCUCCAGCACCAGCACAGCAACCAUCAUGUGAAGAUGUACAACCCCCACCACCAGCUACAGCACCAUGGACACCUAGGAGUAGUUCUGCCCCUAAACCGCCACUGUCCAACAUAUUGGGAAAGCUGUCGGCAUUCACAUUCUCCCCAAAGACUUUGGGACCCAACAAACAACUCUCCACCAAUCUCAGUGCUAAUAGGUCAUCGCCUCUGGCACCCAACAAACAACUCUCCACCAAUCUCAGUGCUAAUAGGUCAUCGCCUCAGGGAAACAAGAGUGUCAGCUCAGGACACGGAACCAAUGAGAGGAAUUCCUCCUCAACUGCUAGUGCUUCACCAGCUGGUCCUUCACCAUCGCAGAGUAAGAGUAUUUUCUGUGAGAUGUCACGGCAGUGGUAGCUCAGGACACGAGUCCAAGAGGAACUCUGCCUCAACUCCUAAAGCUUCACAAUCCCAGAGCCAGAGUAUUUCAGGUAACGGGAGUGGCAGCUCAGGACACGGGUCCAAGAGGACAUCCGCCUCAACUCCUAAAGCUUCACAAUCCCAGAGCCAGAGUAUUUCAGGUAACGGGAGUGGCAGCUCAGGAAACGCGUCCAAGAGGAAAUCCUCCUCAACUCCCCAACCCUCCAACUCACGAUCCCACAGGCUGCUGUACCUGAAUCUUCUGGAAUGGCAUGACUCUCUUUUUCACACCCAACUUCCUGAGACUAUCCCGUUCUGGCUUAUUUUAAAUAGAGGUGUGCCUCAACUUCUGGGCAACGGACAGAUGAACCUCCAUCGUGGACCUCAGCCUGAUGGCAUGGCAGCAACAUCUCAGGAGAUUCCGUGCAAGAGGAGCCGGCUAUCUGAUGUCAAUGAAAUGCCGGAAAAAGGGGACGACAAGAAGCAGAAGAGGAAAAUGGGCCGGAUUGAGUACCGGCUGGCUAAACUGGAAGUGGCCAUUGAAGGGCUGGCCAAGAAGAUAACGGGGCUGGCCAGCGUUUUUGUGGCAACAGAGCCACACAGAGUGAUUGAAGGGGUGACGAUGCCACUGCUCACUCCAGAGGAUUUGUUCAACCUGGAGGCGCAGAUCCAUCCUCAGCCUGGAGCCCAGCAGGAAGGGGGGCUCACCAAGCAGCAGACAAACAGAGCUGCGUUGAUGCAGUACCUCAAGGCCCAGGGGGCUGCAAGUGACAUUACGGUGGACUGCUUCAACGCAGUCAUGGGUGCCCUGCUGACUGAUUCAGCAGGGUAUUGGAUGAAUUUCGGGGAGGCGAAAAGCGUCCAGCAGAUCUACUCCUUAACGAAGCGGGUGUGCUUCGGGGCGGUGGCGCCCACUGUGCGAGCCGUGGUGAUAGACGCCUACAGCGCCAUCGCCAGUAUCCCUGGCAAAUCGUUUACGCUUCGAGAACUGAAGGCCCAGACCGUCACAUGGUUUUCGAAGCGCAAACACUCUGCGAACCCGGCGCCCCCGCACCCCUUCGAAUUUUCCGAAAACUGCUGCGAACGGAUGGAGGCCCUCCUCAGCUAA